CGGCUGCGAGCCACAGCUGGGAGGUUUUCCUCUUCGGCGAGACCAGAGCGCCAGAGGUGGAGGCGUGGGCCGGCUGUCCAUCUGCCUCCAGCUCUUAGCUCUUCUUGCAAAGUCAUCUUGGGGAGGCAGGGAGGGGAAGCUCCACAGGCCGGGGCCUGGACGUCCCAAACGCCCCCAGGCCGGGCCUUGGCGGGUGGGCAGCCACAGCCAUGGCCUUCGCCAUGCUGAGACCAGUGGCCGCCCACGUGCUGUACCCCGACUUGAGUCUGCUGUCAGAGGAGGACGAGGAGAACCGCAGCGAGAGCGACGCCUCCGACCAGUCCUACUGCUGUGAGGGGUGCCCCAAGCCGGGCCAGGUGGUCGUGGUCAAGCAGCGCCAGGCGGCCAACGCCCGCGAGCGGGACCGGACCCAGAGCGUCAACAUGGCCUUCACGGCCCUGCGCACCCUCAUCCCCACCGAGCCGGUCGACAGGAAGCUGUCCAAAAUCGAGACCUUGCGCCUGGCCUCCAGCUACAUUUCCCACCUGGCCAACGUGCUGCUCUUGGGCGAAGGCUGCGAGGACGGGCAGCCGUGCUUCAGGGCCAUCUACGGCCCCAAUGUGGAAAGGGAGGCCAAACAGCCCCGGAGCAUCUGCACGUUCUGUCUCAGCAACCAGAGGAAGGGGGGCAGCCGGCGGGACCUCGGCGGGGGAAACUGCUUGAAGGCAAGAGGGGUGAACCAGUUGAAAGUGCUGAGAAGAUGAGCUCAGGUUCCGAGGAUUGUCUGUUCCCAGACCUGAGCAGAGGAGGGCUUCGUGCCUCGGAAACUGGUUUUGAUAUUCUGGACUGGGGCAGGGGGAUGGGGGUGAUGGAACCCGGGGGGUGCCCAGCCCUCAUGAGUUGCGAACCCCGGUUAUGAAGUGACUCCCCGCUUUGUGGACUCGGAGGAGACAGAAUUGGGUGGGGGCUGACUUGGACUACAGCGCGGAAAGAAACGAAAGCUGCGCAAAAGAGAGGGAAGACUGAAGGCGGCCGUUCCGGAGACAUCCUCCCAGUCCCCUGGAAAUGUCCACUGGGCCCCCACGUGGGCCGAAGGGUGUGAGGACAUGAGUCUGGAACUGGCAGGGGUGCCACAUGGCGGUGGCAGUGCAAAGCGGCCUAUUUCAGAUAGAGCUUUAUUGAGAUUAUUGCCGGUCUCAAAGGUCACCGUUGUAGUUAUUAUGAUUCUGUAUUCGGCAGGCUUGAAAAUAAAGAUACUUUUCACAUCCCCUGGA